UCGCCCUUAGCUCCUUUGCUUUCAGAAGAGGAAGAAGGUCGUUCACCAGCUUUCACCCUCUCCUUCUACUCUUCACAAGCUUUGCAAUAAUGGAGACCUUCUUGUUCACAUCUGAAUCUGUCAACGAGGGACACCCUGACAAGCUCUGUGAUCAGAUCUCUGAUGCAGUUCUUGAUGCCUGCUUAGCUCAGGACCCUGACAGCAAGGUUGCUUGUGAAACUUGCACCAAAACCAACAUGGUCAUGGUUUUUGGUGAAAUCACCACCAAAGCUAAUGUUGAUUAUGAGAAGAUUGUGCGUGAUACCUGCCGCGAGAUAGGGUUUGUUUCUGAUGACGUAGGUUUGGAUGCAGACAACUGCAAGGUCCUUGUCAACAUCGAGCAACAGAGCCCUGAUAUUGCCCAGGGUGUCCAUGGUCAUUUGACCAAGAAGCCUGAGGAUAUUGGUGCCGGUGACCAAGGUCACAUGUUUGGUUAUGCCACCGAUGAGACCCCUGAAUUGAUGCCCCUCAGCCAUGUCCUUGCAACCAAGCUUGGGGCCCGUUUGACCGAAGUUCGCAAAAAUGGCACUUGUGCAUGGCUCAGGCCUGAUGGAAAAACACAAGUCACAGUCGAGUACCACAACGAUAACGGAGCCAUGGUCCCUCUCCGUGUCCACACCAUCCUCAUUUCCACCCAACAUGAUGAAACCGUAACCAACGACGAGAUUGCAGCAGAUCUUAAGGAGCAUGUGAUCAAGCCGGUCGUUCCUGCCAAUUACCUUGACGAGAAGACCAUCUUCCAUCUUAACCCAUCUGGCCGUUUCGUGAUUGGUGGACCUCAUGGUGAUGCUGGACUGACCGGGCGUAAGAUCAUCAUUGAUACCUACGGUGGUUGGGGUGCUCAUGGUGGUGGUGCUUUCUCCGGGAAAGACCCCACCAAGGUGGACAGGAGUGGUGCCUACAUUGUGAGGCAAGCAGCCAAGAGCAUUGUGGCUUGUGGGCUAGCCAGGAGAGCCAUUGUGCAAGUGUCUUACGCUAUCGGUGUCCCUGAGCCGUUGUCUGUUUUUGUGGACACGUAUGGAACCGGAAAGAUCCCUGAUAGGGAAAUCCUUAAGAUUGUGAAGGAGAACUUUGAUUUCAGGCCAGGAAUGAUCUCCAUCAAUCUGGAUCUUAAGAGGGGUGGGAAUGGGAGAUUCUUGAAGACAGCGGCAUAUGGACACUUUGGGAGGACAGACCCUGAUUUCACCUGGGAGGUGGUGAAGGAACUCAAGUGGGAGAAGGCUUGAUUCAUAACAUAAUAUAUGCAUGGUGCCUCUGUUGGCUACAAAGAUAUAAAAUGUGAGCUUUUUUUUUUUUUUUUUGUAAUUUUACAUAAGAUUUGAUCUUAUUGGUGUUUUGGGUAAAAUGUUAAAAGGAGGAAGGGCCUAUAUAUCCUAUGCGCUAUGGCUAUGGUUAUGGUGAUUGUAUAACUAUGAAUCAAUGCAUUGCCAUUUGCUAAGUAAUAAAGGAAACAUGCUGUUGCUUCAAUUUUCA